AUGGUUAAGGUUGCUAUCAACGGUUUCGGCAGAAUCGGCAGAUUGGUCAUGAGAAUCGCUCUCUCGAGAGCCAACGUGGAGGUUGUCGCUAUCAACGACCCCUUCAUCACGGUCGACUACGCUGCGUACAUGUUCAAGUACGACUCGACCCACGGCAAGUACGCCGGCGACGUCCAGUACGAGGGCAACACUUUGGUGAUCGACGGCAAGAAGAUCAAGGUCUUCCAGGAGAGAGACCCAGCCCAGCUACCAUGGGGCGAGGAGGGCAUUGACAUCGCCAUCGACUCGACCGGUGUGUUCAAGGAGUUGGACUCUGCGCAGAAGCACAUCGACGCCGGUGCCAAGAAGGUUGUGAUCACCGCUCCAUCCUCGACCGCGCCUAUGUUCGUGAUGGGUGUCAACGAGGAGAAGUACGCCGGCGAGACCAUCGUGUCCAACGCCUCGUGCACCACCAACUGUUUGGCCCCAUUGGCCAAGGUGAUCGACGAGCAGUUCGGCAUCGAGGAGGGUUUGAUGACCACCGUGCACUCUUUGACCGCCACCCAGAAGACCGUCGACGGUCCAUCCAUGAAGGACUGGAGAGGAGGCAGAACCGCCUCCGGCAACAUCAUCCCAUCCUCUACCGGUGCCGCCAAGGCUGUCGGUAAGGUCUUGCCUCAGUUGAACGGCAAGUUGACCGGUAUGGCCUUCAGAGUCCCAACCGUCGACGUGUCCGUUGUCGACUUGACCGUCAAGUUGAACAAGGAGACUACCUACGACGAGAUCAAGGCCGCCAUCAAGGCCGCCUCCGAGGGCAAGUUGAAGGGCAUCUUGGGCUACACCGAGGACGCCGUUGUCUCCACCGACUUCUUGGGUGACAACAACUCCUCCAUCUUCGACGCUUCCGCCGGUAUCAUGUUGUCUCCAAAGUUCGUCAAGUUGGUGUCCUGGUACGACAACGAGUACGGCUACUCCACCAGAGUUGUCGACUUGGUUGAGCACGUUGCUGCCAACUAA